AUGGACCAAUCCAACUCGAAACCAUCCGUAUCGAUAUCACCGCCCCAGCAAGCAAGAGCUACCCCUCCACCGUCUUCAUUUAAUACCAAAAUACCUCCUAGUCAGCAGUAUCCUCAGGCUAACUUUCAGCCUCAAAACCCCGCAGUAUAUCAGAACAAAAGCCCCCCUUCAAAUCAGUAUCAACAACCAAUGCAACCACAGGCACCGCAACAGAAUGCUAGUCAGUAUCAACAAAAGCAGCCGCAAAAUCAAAACCAGUACAAUCAACAAGCACAACAGCAACAGUCUACGAACGCAUACUUGCAACGAAACACGAACCAGUUUUCUCAAAACUCAUCACAACUCCCGAACAACCAAUAUCAAGGAUCAACUACUCAAUAUGGUAACCCAUCGAAUCAGUAUAAUUCACCCUCAAAUCAGUAUGGUGCCUCAAGCCAGUAUGGUGCAUCUUCGAAUCAGUAUGAGUCGAACCAGUAUCAGCCACAGAACCAAUCUUCACUAAAUCAGUAUCAGCAGCAUAAUCCAACUCAGUAUCAGCAGCAUAAUCCAACUCAGCAUCAGCAACCCAUUAGUCACCAAAAUCAACAAAACUCAGUUCCACAGAACUACAUGCCGCAAGGUUAUGGGAAUGGUCAGAGUUAUGGUGGAUACUCGCAGGACCCUCGGGUACCACAGCAGCGAAUGCCAUCGCAAUAUGAUGGGGACAAGCAGAUGGCGCCAAAUCAGAUAUCUGCUGAGGAGAAUCUUGGCCUCCAUCAGCGCAGAGCAUCAAUUCGUAGAAAUUCCAAGCCUUUAUCGGGAGACCACCCUGGGUACCUAUAUCAACAGAUCCAAAACGAUCGUUAUGACCAAUACAAACGACCACCGAGCAGAGACUCUAGUGUGGAUCGCUACACUCGAGCAGCGAGUCGUCUAAGCGGAUCGCGACAACCGUCGGUCGACAAACAGAAGUCUUUCGACUCAACGAGUGAGUCGCGGGAAGUGCGCGGAAACUCGGUAAUGCGGGCAACAACGCCAGUCACUGGUAAUGGCUCUGUGAUGGGUGCAGGCACUGCAGCUGAGACAGCAUUUAAUUCCUCUGUCAAGUCGAAACCUCCGUUCGAGGAUAUCAUUGUGCGGAAACGUAGUCUUGGCCAGGACAUUGUCCCGUCACCUAUGGGUCAACCGAAGAGGACCGAGUCUCUGUAUACAAAUCCACUAGUGCGAAAAGAAGCAGCAAAACCUGCGUUUAUCAUCGUUGAGAACAAUUUUUAG